AUGGUGCAUUCUCAAGAGAACUGGGUAUUCCAGCGACGAGACCUCGCCGAUUGUCGUCCAAUAAACUGUAGACCUGAUUGUAGCCCUGGAUGUGGCUCACAGCAGACGUGCGUACUAGGUGUCAUGUCAGAAUGUGGGAAGUGCCCAGUAUCUCAGUGUUCAUACAUCUCGCAGAUAAUUCCUCGAUCUCCUGAUUCACCCGAGAGCACCCCCAGAGUGGGUCUUAUUGCCGGGCUAACCACAGGUUUAGUAGCUGUUGCCUUGAUAGCAGUGACAGUGGCUGGGCUUGUAUUCUAUCGACGACGGCGACAGCAGCAGCAACAACAACAAGGGCAAAAGUCAAGUAACGAUAGAGAGGUGUGUGAUGAUGAUCUCUACUCCUUCCGCCCCGAGUUGUCGCCUGUUCCACCAAUGUUACCUUUCAACAGCCAUACACAGGUACCACCCCAAGUCAACCUCCAAAACGAUAAUCAUCAGAAUUAUGCUUAUGGGCAUAGUUGUGGAAGUCCUUCACCAUCCUUACUUAUUGGUACAUCCCCUCUCCAAAUACCUCACCUGGAGACGCCCACUCCAGUAUUUGCCUCACCUCCUAAACCUACCAGCGCUGUCAUUCGUCGUUCACUUAACAUCCUUCCAACUCACACGCUUGAUAAUUCUACUAUAAACCGUUCUUCAUCUGUUAAGAUAUCAAAAUACGAUAAUAUUAGCGCUUACCCUCGCCCCAUAACAUUUUCUGAUAAUCCCUUUGAAGAUCUCGACGACGAAUCCAAGGUUCAAAUUAAACGAGCAGUAUCUGUACGAAAAAAUAGAGAUGUUUCUCGCUCCUCCUCCAUCCGUUCCAACGCACUUGUUGAUCCAGAACAAAAUGAAGGAAUGCCAGCAAUCAAGGUUUUCUGUGCAAAGCCCACAAUGGUCCGUAUUAAUACCAUUUCUCGUAACGAAGGUGGAAUAACUCGCAAAAGAUCUGUGCGUACCACCAUCAACAAUGAUUCUACUCAAUCUGCGUCUAACGUCAGUAAUUUAAGCAACAACGACAGCAACAAAGACAGUAAUAGCGGCAACAAUAAUGAUAGCAGUAAUGAUAGCAGUAAUGCUACUACUUUUCUAACCCCUACAGCAUCUUCUCUCGACCCUCACAAACGAACACGGGCAGAAAGUCUUAUAUCUGUUCACAGUACAGCCGAAAGCACGCAUUCAACUAUUGGUGAUGGAGAGAUAACUGUCAUCUGGGAUGCAUCUCGACCAACUUCACGACGCAGUCUGAGCCAAGACUGCCCGUCCGCCUGUCCAUAA